AAACGCGGCGCGCGUUGCAGUGCACUUCUAACUUCAGUCCAGUGCGCAAGAGUGUCGAUGGUGAACGUGUUUGAGACGUUGUGAUUGUGACAUUCAAAAUGUUUAUUAUAAAGCGUGCAUUGUUGUACGCUUUCCUAUUAGCUGUGCUAUUGGAACCAAUAUUAGCGAAGAGAGGUUUUAGUGGCGGACAUAGUUAUCCAAAAUCUGGUGGUUUAUCGGGUGGAGGUCAUCACUCCGGUGGGCUCUCUGGUGGGGGACACGGAUACCCCUCGUCAGGUAGUCACGGAUAUCCUUCAUCUGGUGCGCGUCCCCCUAGUCACGGAUAUCCAUCUGGGGGCGGCUUGUCUGGGAGUGGAAGUAGCGGAGGAAGUCACGGAUAUCCUUCAAGUGGCGGUUUGUCCGGGAGCGGGAACAGCGGAGGUAGCCAUGGAUAUCCUUCCGGUGGCGGCUUGUCCGGCAAUGGAGGUAAUCACGGGUAUCCAUCAUCCGGAGGCAGUCACGGCUAUCCAUCAUCCGGAGGCAGUCACGGCUAUCCAUCUUCAGGUGGCAGUCACGGUUAUCCUUCAUCUGGCGGUGGUUUGUCUGGCAACAACAACAACAGAUACCCACAAAACAAACCUAGCACGGUGCAUCAUACAACGAAUGUUUACAACUACCACUACAGCCCGCCGCAGCGUAUCUCAUACGCUCCACCACAUGGUGGCCCACCAGUGAACUAUCCAGUGUACCAUGGCACCCCUCCGACUUACGUUUAUCAGUACAAAAAUUCAGGCAGUAAAUACGGUACGUUGUUGGCCGGUUUGGCGUUACUCAACCUUGGAACUCUUGCUGGCGCCGCUUACGCACACAGUCGCACUCAACACUACAAGCCACAACCCGGCGAAGUGUGCAAAUUCGCAGUGAAAAAAGACAACGGUGAUUACGAGGAGACAAGAAUAGACUGUCAAAUUAUAAGCAGUUUCAUUUUAGAAGAUCAAGCGCAACGUAGUACAGGAACUAAUUCAACUGUUUCGGUGGUUACUGUAACGAAUACAACUGUGACAAAUACUACAAACAUGAUGGCAGCUAACGCAACGCCGGCUCCGGCAGUGCCUGUACCUGGUAAUGUUUUGUAUGCAAUGUUGCCCAACGGAACAUUGGUGCCUGUGAACCAGACAGCGCCGCCUACGACUGCAAUUCCUUUGAAUGUACCGAUGAAUACCUCGGUGGGCGGUCUGGCACCCAAUGGAACAGUUAUAACUUCAUCUGUAGUGACUACCACGACAAAUACAACAGUAGUGAACGCUCUGGACGUUAAGGGAUCACCUGUGCAAGUGACACCGGGAAUGCAGUGUUUCGUGAUUCGCUCUAGUCCAACUCAUAACAUGAGAAAAGCUGUGCAAUGUGGUCUCUUACAAACAUAUGCAGACAAGUCAAUACGUAAAAAUUCGGCUACUCGGAAUGGACCUAUGUUUACAACAAUAUUAGCAGCUGUUAUCGCUUUUUGUAUAGCAUACUAAGUAUAAACACACCUCAAAGUGUCUAUGCGUGAUUUGAUAAUGUCGUGUAGUUAAAAGCAGUUCUGAUGUCUCGAACUUCUAGGUGAAAAGAACUUUAUUUACCUUAUUGCAUUUUCUGGUGUUUAGUAAGAAUGAAAUGAUAGUAAUUGUAUUAAGAAGAUUAUGUUAACGAAUUUUAUAUAAGAAACCAUAAUUUUGUAUUUUAUAAACCCAGCUUCAAUAGUAUGUAGGUACCAUUACUUUGUUUACUAGAAUCGUUUGACAUCUUGACGAUAGAUUGCAUUGUACAUGAUCUUGAGACCCGACAUGAAGUAGACCAGCUAGCUUAUAGUAUAAUAUAAUGAUCAUGUAUUUUGUUUGUUGAACAUUUUGCCAGGGAUUGCUCAAUUUGGUACUUAUUGAUCUGAGUAGCACUGUAACUUUUAUAGCACGAUGAAAGAGAACUUAUAAACAUUGAUGUUUCUAGUGUAAAAAGAGUUUAACGCAUGGUCGUUUCAUUUACCUUCAGAUUUGUCCAGACUAUACUUUUAGGUCAGGAAAAUAAACCUAAUUUUAACAAAAAUAAAACAGUCUGUUAACGCCGAUUAUGACAUAGAAACAUUUUGGAAAAUAGAUAAUAAUGAAUAUCCAUGCGUACCUAUAACUUUUUCAUAUGUAGGUAUGUUUGAAUAUUUUGUAGAGGUAUAGUUAAGAUGAUCAUUUGUAUUAUUUUAUUGUUAUUUAGUU